CGGCGAUGUCUCCGAAUGAUGUCGCUAAUAGAACUCCGAUCUUUCAAGAUAUAGAUGCGUGUGAUGACCCCGACCUUGUUCCAAUUUGAUUUUUUCCCCCCUGUUAUUUCCCCCUACAUGUACAGCGCAAUUGAACUACAAUGAAUGUCUCGUUGAAGCUGCACCAGACAGUUAUUGCCCGUCGGCCAGCUCUCCGUUGGUCGAGCCCGGUUCUCCGCACGGCCGUGCAAUGGCGCUUGUAUUCCAGUACACCGGCGGAGGAUACGUUGCCCUUGAAGGGCGUUCGGGUGCUCGAUAUGACGAGGGUUUUGGCUGGUCCAUACUGUACGCAGAUUCUGGGAGAUCUAGGAGCAGAUAUUAUUAAAAUCGAACAUCCCACUCGGGGUGACGAUACGCGCGCUUGGGGUCCACCGUACGCCAAAUACCAGGAUGAGACGCGACAAGGGCCGGGUGAGAGCGCAUACUAUCUAGGCGUCAACCGUAACAAAAGGUCGUUAGGUCUCUCGUUCGCACAUAAGUCUGGAGUAGAGAUCCUGCACCGACUCGCGAAAGAGUGCGACGUGCUCGUCGAGAACUACCUUCCCGGCAGCCUCAAGAAAUAUAACAUGGACUACGAAACGCUGCGAAAGAUUAACCCCAAGCUGAUCUACGCGAGUAUCACCGGAUACGGGCAGACGGGGCCGUACAGCAACCGGGCUGGGUACGAUGUCAUGGUAGAGGCGGAGAUGGGCUUAAUGCAUAUCACUGGGGCCAGGGAUGGGGAUCCAGUGAAGGUUGGAGUAGCGGUUACGGAUUUGACGACCGGGUUGUAUACCUCUAAUGCGAUUAUGGCAGCAUUGCUUGCUCGCGUGAGGACGGGCAAGGGGCAGCAUAUUGAUGCGUGCUUGAGUGAUUGCCAGGUCGCGACAUUGGCGAACAUUGCGAGCUCUGCGUUGAUUAGCGGGGAGAAAGAUACGGGAAGAUGGGGAACUGCGCAUCCUUCUAUUGUUCCUUACCGGAGUUACCAGACGCUAGAUGGAGAUAUUCUCUUUGGAGGCGGCAACGACAAACUGUUCGGUGUGUUGUGCGACCGCUUAGGACAUCCCGAGUGGAAGACCGACGCCCGGUUUGUCACUAACAGUGACCGUGUGAAGAACCGACACGAAAUCGAUGGCCUGAUUGAAGAGAAGGUCAAGCAAAAAACGACGCAGGAGUGGCUAGAAAUCUUGGAAGGCAGUGGGAUGCCAUAUGCCGCCGUUAAUGAUAUUCAAGGGACCCUCAAUCAUUCUCACGUCCAAGCGCGCGGGAUGGUCACAGAAAUCGAUCACCCAGCAUGCGGUCCCAUCAAGCUAGUUAACACGCCGAUUAAAUAUUCCCAUGCCACUCCUGGUGUGCGGACGGCGCCCCCAACUCUUGGCCAACACACUGAUGAGAUCCUCGGAGAAAUCCUCGAUUAUAAGAAGGACGACAUCGCUCGUUUGAAGCAAGACGGUGUGGUGUCAUAAGGAGACAACGGGCUAGAAGGGUUGGAGGGCCGUAGUAUGCAUUAGUAACAUUUUGCAGCGCUUAGACUUGCAAUGGCCUAUAUACAGGUAGCACUGUUUGUAUAUAUAAAGUUCACAAUGCCCCGCAUGAAAGAGC